AUGCGCGGCAAACGUUCAAAGCAGUACCGCAAGCUCAUGCACCAGUAUGAGCUCUCGUUCAACUUCCGUGUCCCUUACCAGGUCUUGGUGGACGCAGACAUGAUCAAGGAUACUUUUCGCUUCAAGAUGAACCUGCCUCUCUUCCUCGAGCGUACUCUCCAUGGACAAGUCAAGCCCAUGAUCACACAAUGCUCAAUACGCCAUCUAUACACCGCCGACGCCCCUGAUGCCGCUGCUAAGAAUGCCUGGAUUGAUACCGCAAAGUCCUUCGAACGCCGCCGUUGCAACCACCACACUCUCGAUGAGCCUCUCUCGACAUUGGAAUGUCUGAAAUCUGUUGUCGACCCGAAAGACAGCAGCACAAACAAGAACCGUUACGUCGUCGCCAGUCAAGAUCAAAAAGUCAGAUCCGCCAUGCGCAGAAUUACUGGUGUACCACUCAUCUACGUCAACCGAAGUGUCAUGAUCAUGGAACCUAUGGCGACACAGACCGAGGAGUUCAGAGAAGCAGAAGAGAUGGGCAAGGUUAGAGCUGGUCUGAAGGGCAGACGAGGUGCCGUUCCCGAGCAACCUCUGAAGCGCAAGAGAGAAGACGACGAUGACGAAGAUGACGAGGGCGAGGCAACAGAAGGUGCUUCUGCCGCAGACGCUGAAGCUGCUGCGCCAAAGAAGCGAGUCAAGAAGGGUCCGAAAGGUCCCAACCCUCUCAGUGUCAAGAAGUCGAAGAAGCAAACGGCGAAAGAGGAGGCUGAGAAGCAAGCCAUCAGAAAAGCCGCAAAACUCGAUCCGCAAGCAAAAGAGAAGGCUCUUGACGCAAGUGUUGCUAUCGAGUCAACGGCAAAUGACGGGUCAGAAGCUGCAGGCAAGAAGAGACGGAGAAGAAAGCACAAGACUGGUGGUGAUGCUGCAGCUAACCAGGCUGACGUUAACGGUGACGACGCUUCUGCGGUUGCUAUGGAGGUUGAUGCAUGA